AACGUUGCUCGAGGUAACCUCGCGGGGGAGAAGUUACGCGAUCGCGUUAACGAGACAGACGAAGAAGGAGAAGAAGGAGAAGAAGAGGAAAACAGAGGCGAGAGGAUUGAAAGGAAGAGCAGGAGGGAGACAGGGUCGUUCAGGUCGCAGGUAGAAGUCAGCAGGCUGGGAGGUCGGCUGAGCGAAGUGGUGGGUCCCGUCGUGGAGGAGGCCAUCGAGCCAGGGGAUGCCACCCCGUUGACGGGACCCUCGAGGGAGUCCUCGACCCAGGAGUUGAACUCUGACGCUCAAAAUCCAGGCCAUCAGACCCAGAGCCCUGGACAACAGACGUCGAAUCCGGAACAACAGUCGCAAAACCUUGGUCACUCGACCCAGAACCCGUCCCACCAGAACUCUGCUCAACAAACUCAGAAGACAGAACAACAAAGUCAGAACCCGGGUCACCAGACUUCGAAUCCCGGCCAUCAAGGCCAAAACCCAGGCCAUCAGACUCAGAACCCAGGCCACCAGAGUCAAAAUCCAGGCCAUCAGACUCAGAAUCCAGGCCACCAGAGUCAAAAUCCAGGCCAUCAGACUCAGAAUCCAGGCCACCAGAGUCAAAACCCAGGCCACCACAGUCAGAAUCCAGGACAUCAAUCGACAAAUCCUGGUCAGCAGACGCAAAAUCCUGGCCACCCGACUCAAAACGUAAGUCGACAGAGUCAGAAUCCUACACAUCAAGCGACACAGACGCAACAACAGCCGCAGUUGAACAAUGCGAAGAAUCGGGAGAACAAGAGCGGCGUCGCUACGGUGGCGCCGGCGCCGCCCACGAAUCAUCCGCCUACGAACAAUAACUCGUUGCAAAACAACAACAUCAAUCUGAACAACAACGACAACGCGAGAAUCAUUUCAGAGAAGAACGCGCUCGAGAAGAACCUGAAGAAACACUCGUUAUUUAUAAACGCGCUCUCGUGGAAGCGGUUCAGCACGUCGAACAACAACAAGAAGAAGCUCGACAAUAAGAACAAGAAUAUCGGCUUCAGGCAGCCGCUCGAUAACAUACCCAUCGUCGAUAAGAACAAGAAUAUACAGACGCCUCAGACGAAACCACCGGCGUCGAACAACAAUCACACCACGCACAACCCGACGUGCGAGAAGUUCGUACAGAAGCCCUUACCCCUGAAGCCAAGGAAAACCGUGAUCCAGGCCUCGACUUCGGAAUUGCUCAAAUGCCUCGGCGUCUUCCUACACAGGAAAUGCACCCGUUUAAGAGACUUCCAGGCUGGCGACGCUGUCAUGUGGCUGAGGACCGUCGACAGAAGCCUACUGCUUCAAGGCUGGCAGAAAUGGUACGAUUCCUUCGAUCGUCUCUUUUCUCUCGCGGCCACGAAGGUCACUAUCGAUUACCCAGCUAUCACGCAGCGUUGCGCUGGUUUUCGUGGAAAACCAUUGUCGUUCUGCCCACGAAAACGAUAUUUACUUUACCGU